GAGCGCGCGGCGAGCACACGCGGGAAGGGCGGUCGGGUGGUCACGUGCCGACACUCGGCUGGCGCGCGGCGGUGUACGGUAUCGAGAGAUCGAACGACGACGCGAUGGCGUGCGAUGCGAGGGACGGCUCGCUUCGUUACCGUCAGAAAGGCACCAACGGCGUGCACCAGCCACCCUGGAACGGAGUCUUACAAGACGGCGGCAGCUACGUCACAACGCAAGCCAACGGCCAGCGGCAACCGCUAUCCAGGCACGAAAAGCGGCUGCUCGGCCAAACGUUCUACGCGUGCCUUCUGGCGUUCUACCUCGCAACGACGUUGCUGGUGCGCAGCCUGCAAGUGUCCCUGCCGAAUGCCGUCUCAUCGGACCCGGCCGACGAAGGACGCGUGUUUGUGGGUGCCAGGGCGAAGCAGCGACUCGCCAAACUCGUAGCCAUCGGCCAGCGCUCUGUCGGCAGCCUCGAGAACGAGGUGAUCGCCGUGGACUACCUCAUGCGCGAGCUGGGACAGCUCAGGGAGCGGGCGCGGCCCGCGCACAGGCUCGAGUUCGAGGUGCAAAAGCCCAACGGCUCCUUUUUUCUCGACUUCAUCGACGGCUUCACCUCGAGCUACCGCGGCAUCCAGAACGUGAUCGCGCGGCUCUCGCCCAGUGACCGUCCGGCGGCGGUCGAUCAGAGGCAUUCCUUGCUCGUCAACUGUCACUACGACACGGCGCCCGGCAGCCCAGGUGCCAGCGAUGAUUCCAUUGGCUGUGCCAUUAUGCUGGAAAUCCUUCAUGUCCUUUCGAGAAGGAGAGAACCGCUGCCCCAUCCCAUCAUUUUCCUGUUUAAUGGAGCGGAAGAAAAUAUCCUGCAGGGCUCACAUGGUUUUAUCACGCAACAUAAAUGGGCAAAGGAGGUGGCUGCUUUUGUGAACCUGGAAGCCUGUGGUGCAGGGGGCAAGGAAUUGCUCUUCCAAGCAAGCCCCAGUGACCCAUGGUUGGUAAAAGCAUAUGUUGAUGGUGCUACGAGACCUUUUGGAUCCAUCGUUGCAGAAGAAGUCUUUCAAAGUGGCCUUAUUCCUUCUGACACAGAUUUUCGUAUCUUCAGAGAUUUUGGAGGCAUACCAGGCCUUGAUUUUGCCUUUGCCGAAAAUGGCUAUGUGUACCACACAAAGUAUGACAACAUGGACUACAUCCCGGAUGGCUCAAUUCAGCAUGCAGGUGAGAACAUGCUGGGCCUCAUUCUUAAAAUCCUGGAGGCACGAGAACUCAGUGAGGGCAGCUCGCUAGGAGGCACUGGAGACACAGAUGUCAUUCGUGCUGUGUACUAUGACUUCCUCGGCAUAUUUAUGGUGACCUACUCGGUCUCUGUGAGCAGUAUCGUGGUCAAGCUCAUCAUUGUCAUCUCGCUUGUUUCCAUGGCUCUGCGGAUGAAGGCUUCUGCAACUGGGGGACGUGAGCUGCACCGGCAUGAGCUGGCCUUGCAAGUGUGGGGCCGGAUUCAGGCCCUCCUGGUGACGGUGUGCAGCUGGGGCCUCGGUCUCGUGGCUUGCAUACUCGUGGCCUUGACACUGACUGUCACCGGCAGCACUAUGUCGUGGUACAAACAGCCAAUCCUGGUUCUGGGGCUCUACUACAGCACCAUGAUUGCCACCCUCAUGGCUUGCCACUGGGUCCUCACUAUGCUACGUCGGAGGCACUUCAAGGCGUCUACCACGGGACUGAAAGUUCUGGGUGAAAGUGAGGAGUGUGAUGACUGGAACGUCCUCGAACGGUACCUGGAUGCCACUCAGUUGCUGUGGCUGACACUGGUGUUCUGGCUAUCAUCUAAGAACAUACUGAGUUAUUACAUCCCGAACCUUUGGGCCGUCUUCACAGGCACUGUUGUGUCCGUGCUUUCCCACUGGACAUUGGGCAUGGGCCGAAAAGGCAAUAAAAAGGUCCUGAUGGUGGCCAUUUUGGGUGCUGUGUUCUUUCCGUUGCUCCUUACUGUCUACCUGAGCUUUAACAUUCACAUGGGCAUUUUGCCCAUCAUGGGCCGCAAUGGCACCCUGGAGAACCCGGAGAUUGCAGUGGCCAUCAUGUCGGGUGUCCUCGCCAUUGCCUGCACUUCAUUUGUGGUGCCACUGACUCACGUGUCACGUGAUGGCUGGAAGCCCAUAGCCGUCCUCUCUGGGCUGGUUGUACUGACUAUGCUAAUCGCCAUGAGCCCAUUGGGGUUUCCGUUCUCUGCCACUUCGGGAGAUGUGGCGCCACAGCGAAUGCUGCUUUUUAAUGUGGAGCGAAAGUUUUACGACAGACACCAGAGUAUGGUUAAACAAGACGCAGGAGUGUGGGCUGUCCCACUUGACUUCAAUGGUCCACGCACUAUUCGGCAGCAUAUAGGAACAAGGCGCCAGAUAAAAAAAGUGGACUGCAAUGAGCACGUCUACUGUGGCAUGCCAUAUUACUUUCCAGUCAUCUCAAAGCUCAAGGAAACCUAUUUUGCUGACUUCCCGGGUCCCAUCUUCAACAAGGGCAGAACAUUUCGUCUCCUCUCUAGAAAUGUUACUAAAACCAAUACGAUAAGGCUCAGCUUCGAACUGACAGGUCCCAGCCAUAUGGGUCUAAUCGUGUCACCCUGGGAAGGUGUAAGCCUCACUCGCUGGUCCUUCACCUCUGGCACACCGUACAAAGGCAUCAAGUGGAAGAACAGGGACACCACAUUUGUCUACCUCUCUCAAGGAGUUGACAUGGGACCCUGGAGAUUCUGGAUUGAGCUGCAGCUACCCCAUGGCUACCCAACAAGCAAACCUAUUGUGGACAUUGCCUUCCACACGUACCACCUUCAGAAGUCUGAGCACAAGCAGCCAGCCUUUGUAAAGUUCCUCAACGAAUUGCCCGAAUGGAUUCAUGCCACUGCCUGGACAUCAAGUUCAGACUUCUAUGUCUUCUAAAGUCACUGCAUUUCACACAGUGGCCAAGUGUUGUGAGCAGUCAAUGAGAGCCUGGCAUGCCGCUGUUGUUUGUCAUUUUGGAGAUUCCAAAACAUGUGACCACCAGGAGGAAUGUUGUGCAUUGGCCGUCCUCAGGAUUUUGCACAGUGAGCACUUCUUGUGUGGAAGGUGCAACAGCUGCGCCGUUUGUUAGGCUAUCAGGCCACUACUAUGAACCUGAAGACAUUCUGCUACCGGUCGUUGUCUCGAUGAGAGCGCUGGCAGAUAGUGCCGCCUGUACAGAUAUUUUUGUUGUUUGUUCUAAGUAGGCCUCUGCUUGGCAAACACUACCUGCCGCAGUGGGCACAAAUGUGCAUAUAUAGAUAAACAUUACAGAGCGUCAUAUUAUUGCUACAAUCACUUUUGCAGUUGGCACUUUGCAGCAAUACGUAAGUGCUCCUAGUUUGUGGAGUAGUCAAGCAUAGCGCAUAUAUAACAGCCAUGAAAUAUGUGACUGCACAUAGAGAAGAACUAUCUUUUAUGACAGCAUCUUGUAAUUUAAAACGAAAAUGAAUGAAUGUGAAGUACUUCACUGCAGAACGUUUUAAUACUGCGAGCAACAAAUAUCUUUUAAGCAAAUGUUCCUGAUGCGGUAGCCAAAUAGCUCCACUCAUAACUCGUUUUUGAAGUUUACAAGGAGAGGCCUCUUAGAACGGUGUGUCACCAACAUUUAUUUUGUUAUGUUGUUUGUUAGUCAGGAUGUCGCAUAAAGCUUCGCAUUCUGUAGGUUGUCCUGUUUGGCUGAGCUGUUAUUAUGAGGGACCAUUCUGCAUUCUUCUAAAAAAUGCUUCAUGUUCCUUGCUUUUGAAACUGUGGGAUUAUUUUUUUGUUUGGCAUUGAACACCUUUUCUUUGAAGAAGAACUUGCCACAUCACAUUCACACUUCUUGCAAUACCUUUUUUUGCAGUUUGGUCGGCCAUGUAGAAGCACAUACUUAAGUUUGAACAAAGGUUGCCGAAGUUUGUGUGUACGUUCUCGAGGUUUGCACUGUUGUGGGGAAGUCUAGUGCAUUUAUCUGUGCAAGCAAUGCCAAACUAUGCACAGCUGUUGUGUACUAAGGAGCAGUGUUCUAGGAACACAUUGACGUGCAGGCACGUUUGUGAAACUGAUUGCCAAGACUGAACUUACACAGACCUGUGCGUGUGGCUUGUGUUGAGUGCGAGAUUGUAGGCAAGUAAUUUUUGAGACAAUUUGCCACUUAACUCAUGUAGCUGUAGAAUUAGAACGAAUGAAGAGCACCUAUUAGGUGCAAAUAGAACAGGUAAAGUUGAGAGAUGUCGUCGGAUUAGCAUGUGCACUGCCAUUAAGAUGAUUAACGUAAGCAGGUUUUUCCCUCCUCACAAACAGCCAUUCUUGGCAUUUGGUUGUGUGCGGUGCAGUAGAACUGUUACGAGGACGCACAGAGAAAGAGUGUGCAAGUUUUGUGUUGUGAACAGGAUGCGGUGCUUAAAACACAUCAAGCCUGUGAGCAUACCAUUGUCCAAGAUGAGUGUGCUAUGUUAAGGGUUAUCAUAGUCAUAUAGACAGCACCACACAUGUUAAUUUUUCUACGCUACAACAUGAGCAGACUGUUUCAAACUUUAUGGAGUUUCGCAGCAGUUCCUGGAACCAUUGAGUGAAUUAUAGCACAAUAUGUUUUCUCAGGAUGAUCUUACUGAACCUUAGCUUUUCUGAGCUUUAAUCUGCAUCAUGAUGGAAUAAGCUUCCUUGAGUAAAGAUUGCAUACCAAGCCUGCAUCAGGUUGACUAAAGGUAAAACAGCUUUUUGUAGUGAACUCAUCAGUUGCUUAGCUGAAAUUUGUACAAAUUAUGUUUAUAGAGACUUUUUCAUAUACCUCAAAAGCCAACAGUUUGUUAUUAAUCCCGGUGGAUAUGCUAGUCGAUGCUUGUGCAGUGCAUUAAAACCAAGCUGUUAGGUGCACAGGGUAGAAUCUAAAUUCACAACACAUAUAGCAUUAUGCCAUAUCACAAAUGUGUAUUUGCAGUUUGAUAAAACAACAUUUUAGGAAUAAUCAUUGAAAUUGUCAACUAUGGGUUGCGUUGGAUGAUUAGUUACAUUCCUUAGACGUGCUUGAAGACAAGAUGCUUCGCACAUUUUCUUUAGGAAUGUCUCGUCCUCCAAAAUAUGCAUGCUCCACAUCUGUUAGGUGUUAUACAAUUUUCAUCGUGCCUUCAAUAUAAGUUGGCAUAGAGCCAUGCUUGUUAUUAGCCACAUUUGACGCAUUCUAGUCCAUUAUGCAUGUGGUUUACGGAGAGUGUUUUUAAUCUUUUACGCCCUGGACUAUGCAACAUAUCAUUGUGCGCAAAAAAAUUUGGUUGUGUAAAGCUCUGCAUAAUCCAUGGCCUAGUCACACUAUCAUUCAUGAAAAGAAAGAGGGGGGUGGGGGUGGGGGGGGGGGGUUACAGGCUGCUUUGACUAUGGGUUUCUCGUCCAAAAGAAAUUGUUCAUCAUUCAUCAUGUGUCAUUCAGAAAAAAAAGACAUCAUCUCAAAGUUUGAUGUGCUAUUCUCGCGGACCAAUGUUGUUUAGAUGUUUAUUUACAGUUUACUGUAUUUAUGAAGUGCUGACAGGUGCCUACUGUCACAGACUGUGCACUUAAACUGCCCUGCACUAGAGCAUUCGUGAAGCAGGGAGACUGAGGCCUUUCUGCCACCACUACCACGUCCUUUUCGUUAACUUUUAAUCAUUUAGUGUCCCGUUUGCAAGCAUUCUAAGAUGUGUGUCGCUGGUACAAGCUAAGUAGCCCCCCCUUUGCCCUACCUUGCAAGCAAGGCAUCUAGACGCAAAACCUUGAAUGUCUGACAAUUUUCUUUCGAAAAAAUUUCCAGAAUAGCAAAGGUGGUUUGAUAUUGCAGGAUUUGAGUGUGCAUUCAUCCUUAAUGCUACGGACUUUCAAUAUUUCCUUUUCAUGGUCAGGCAACUUUUCCAUAAUAAAUGGAGUACUUAAAGUGUUCCAGAAAAGCAAUGUGAUAGUGCUGUCAUAUGGCUACAAUGGAGCGGUAGGUCAUGUAAGAACCAUAGUGUAUUUGGAUACAUAUAUAAAUUAGCACAUAAUGGCUGCUAUUACAGCCCAGAGCCACCUUUAUUUUUUCCAGGUGAGAUGACUGAAGAUGGUGCUCUGUGCAUCGCAUAUCUGCAAUAACAAAAUAUAGUUCUUUUUCUUCAAGGCUGACUUGCGAUCUACUUACUAAGCAGGGCAUUACUGCAAUUGUUUCACAUGACUUGUCCCAUUGAGCUCCACCCAUUCACCUUCUAUUGAUAUGAUCCCUCUGGCAGUUAGGUUUUGUCCCUUCUAUGCAGAAGUCUGCUGGAGUUUCUUGACCAGUGAAGAAGUAUUGGAAGACACACUGAUGAGGGCACACAAAAUAUGCGGCCAGCAUACCGAUAAUAAAACACUGCAUUUUAACUUGAUGUGCACACUAUGCUAGCCUAGUCAAUGACCUGAACAACGGGUAGUGUCGGCAGCAAGGUUGUCGUGGUUGUUAGGUAUUGUGCGUAAGUCAAAUCUGACGUGUUAAAUUACUUCAAGAAGCUAUGAAGUCUUCAGCACUUCAUAUUUCCAGAGGGCAGCUGCAUGCUGCCAAAAAUGUGAUUUCUUGCUUGCAUGUAUCUUAUUGGAAUUCUCAUUGGAACCAAACACCAAAUUGAAAAGCAAACACCUGGCCGUGUGAAGAGGCACAACAAAAACCUCCCUGCAAACGACAUGCUUCAGUGUCCAACAGGUUGUCUAGGAUGCAACAAAAACAACAAAAAAAGGAAGUCUGUGAUCUACUAAGAGAUAUAUUCAAGGAGUUGUGAUAGCGUUUUGUAUUGCUGUGCCUGUGACAUAGUUGCAACUGCGUUGUACAACGGCGUGUGCCUUCUUCGCCUCUGUGACAAUGCAGAGUCUGCUUGCUUAAACAUUUUAAGUACUAGCCCAGUGCUGUUCUUAGAGGGGCACUAAAGGCAGAAAUUAGGUCCAGCUACACUAGUAGUUCACGUAAUUCAUAAGACAUAACAGGUGGUCCAUUAGCGUGCCACUGAAUGUUGAUAUAGCUAGUGCAGUGCAAUAGAGCAACAUUGAGUGCCAAGGAAAAGGAAGCACAGUUAAAGGCAGCAAAGGAUUGGGUAGUGUGACGAUGUUAUCAAGUCAUGAAAAAUGGCAUUAGCUGGAGUAUGUGGGGUAAGCCUGAGCUUCCUGGAACAGGCCUUUGUUCAGCUACUAUGGACUUCCAAAACACUGGUGGUGAUGAUGAGAAUGAUUGCAUCAUAAAACAAAAUACACCAGUGUGGCUAAGAGCAGCUUCGAAAAUAAACUUGAGGCUCUGGACAAGUGGCACCAGAGUCCUGUUAAGCACAAGACCAGCUUUCGCUGAUGCAUCAACCCCUGGGCAACUACCGACAUUGACUGCUUACCUAGGCAGAUUAGAUGGAAUAUGAAUGUGCAAGAAAAUAAGCAGCUUAGUCGUUUUGCUGAAAAACUCUCAGAUUACGACCUUUCUGCGCUGCCCUGUAUCUUGACAAUUGUGUGUGCAAAGCGUGGCCCUGGAGAUCUUCAACGCCACAUAGCGCUUGUGUGCUGCAAUUUAAUUGCAGCCAUGAACGAGGCGCAUUGUCUUUUUGCCAGCAACUCAAAUUCAUGGAGAAACAUUCUGCUUUCUUCAACCAUACUUUUCCCUUCAGCUAAGUUUUCUUUUGGCUCAGAAUGCACACACACACACAAAAAAAUUAUGCAGUGUAGUUUGUAGUCAUUAUUUGACCUAAUUUUUGCCUUUAGUAUCCUUUUAGGUUCUGUAGAAGCCUGUAAAAUGUGUUUUACCUUUACUUAAACUGGCUGCACUAAUGCAUAAUAUUGCUGCUCGUAAAAGUCGAAGUAACUGCAUCAUUGUUCUGCUGUGGCUUGGUCACAAGGCCACAGCAGAUUUAAAGGGGAAAAAAAAUGUGCUACACCUGCGUAGUGCCCAAUGUAGCCAGUUUGUGUCAAGCUGGUUGAACUUAACUUGCCAGGUGAUGUCUGCUGUGUUUUUAGACUGGCUACGAGAGCAGUGAAGCUGUUGAGGAAUAAAGGCUUUUUUUCUUUCUGGGA